AUGAUUGCUGGGAAUUCACGCCUUCGCACACCCGUCACGAUUUUCGACGUCUUUUGCGUGAUUCGAGCGAAAGGCGAAGAGCCAACGUUGCUACAAAAGUAUCCCGAGGAUUUUAACAAUGCCGCAGUGAUCAAGUCGGUCCUGCAGUUCGCCGACCCAUGUCCGGGAAACAACGGAGGCCCGGCCGAGUCGUUUUGCUUCACCUUGACGGAUUCGCGGUCUCAAUACACAUUUGGGUACUGCCGUACGCUGCCCCGAAGCGACCGCACGGUCAUUUUUGUUAGUGCGCUACCCUGGGAUGGCUUCUUCGAAAGUGUGCUCGCCCACCUCUCGCAGUCAAUUGAGCGAAAUGAUAAACAAAAGUGUGACGUGCUCCUCUCGGAACUCUACCGCCAUCAGGUCCCGGUUCCUGGUGCCUGUGUUAAGCUUGAUAUUGGCAAGCCUCUCCGAUUGAACGCGCCGCAUUGGGAUCAGCUUCCACGACUAGACGAGAAUCUAUGCCUGCUCGAGUUUUGCAACACGAUGCCCCCGAUGCAGCUGAUUGCGCUUUACUCUAGCCUACUAAAGGAGCGUCGCAUCAUCUUCACUGGCUCGCACCUAUCGCAAGUGAGCAGCUGUGUUAUGGCUGCCAGCACCCUACUCUUCCCGAUGCACUGGCAAUCGCUGUUGAUCCCAAUUCUUCCCGCCUCACUGAUAGAGAUGCUGCAUGCACCUAUGCCUUAUUUGAUCGGCGUCCCCAAGCGUAAUUUGUCGACUGAGACGCUAAACGGCUCACACAACGAUGUUAGCCAUCUACCCGAACCGCUGACAGCAUAUCUAAAGGAAAAGCUGAAAGCGGUGACCAAAGCAGGCGAUCGCUUCUCGCGUAUCUUCUUGCGCGCCAAUUCCCAGCUCUUCAGCGGCUUCAAGGAAGGUCUUGUGUUCGAGCCGGCCGGGAAGACGUUUUCCUGGAACAGUGAGCGGUUCAUCGCGGAACAACCCAGCAGUGUUCGUCCGUUCUUGGAAGCUCUUGUCGGUCGUGAUGGCGCGCAGUAUUUCGAGCGGUUUAUCGAUGAGCAACUGGAUAAUCUGAACAAGGGCUUCUCUCUGGAGAAUAGAUUUGAAGGACAAGCGCGCAUCGAAGAUACCCGCUUCAAAGCGCAGAUUCGGGAGAAUGCGCACGCAAUCUUGGGGGUGGUCAAGGAUUCGCUGAAUCUAUUGCCGUUCAAAACUAGGUUCACGCGCCACACUCGUCGCAAGUCGAUCACCUCAAGCAAUCACAAAUCGGGGAAGAACUCGGCUCGUCGUGCUGGGCGCCGCAAGAGUAUUGGUGCGGAAUGCGUGACGCCGAAUCAGGGCAAGAUGCGGCUAGACAAAGUCACGGGCCAAAUAGAGACUGCGCGCGACGAGGCUGUUGAGGAUAAGCACUUGAUCAGCUGGGAUAGCGAUUGGGACACCGACCCGCUGGACCCGCUUGAACAACCGCGUCCAAAUUUUGAGAAAAACCAAAAGCCCACGCCUAACAAUGUAUACGACCACGUCCCGCCCAAGUCUACGCUCUACGAUCUCAUCCCGUCCCAUUCCGCUGUCUACGACCGCGUGCCCCUCAAUUCCAACGUCUACGACUGCGUCCCAACUAUCUCUAACACCAAUGUCUAUGAUAAAGUGCCACCAAUUAGCUCUACGAUUCCCAUCACUGCCGAACCCCGCAUGCAACGGCUUCCCGUGGUCCUCUGGAGCCCC